CGGGCUGGGCAAGUGGCAGCCAGGGUCGGGGUGCCCGGAUUCUAAUCGUAAAUUCCGGGUUCAGCCGCCCCAGCGAAGCCGGCAACGAAGGGGCGGGCCGAAGCCGAAGACAGGGCAGGUGGUCCUGGUGCCGAACUCGCUCUGGGAACGAGGAGCCGCUACAAGAGCCACCGGUGGGAGCGGGGACUGCGACCCCAACCAGACGCCAGAUGGCGCAGUGGGAGAUGCUGCAGAAUCUCGAUAGCCCGUUUCAGGAGCAGCUACACCAGCUCUACUCAAAUAGUCCUCUGCCGGUGGACAUUCGACAGUACUUGGCUGCGUGGAUUGAAGAUCAGAACUGGCGGGAGGCUGCACUGGGCAAUGAUGAUUCCAAGGCUAACAUGCUCUUCUUCCACUUCUUGGACCAACUGAGCUAUAAAUGUGGCCCCUGCAGUGAGGACCCUGAGUGCUUGUUGCUACAGCACAACUUGCGAAAAUUCGCUCGGGACAUCCAGGCAUUUUCCAAGGGUCCUGCCCAGUUGGCUGAGAUGAUCUUUAAUCUCCUUCUGGAAGAAGAAAGAAUUCUGAUCCAGGCUCAGAGGGCUCAGUCGGACCAAAAAGAGCCAGCCCUCGAUGCACCUGUGGAGAGCCAGCAGCAUGAGAUUGAAUCUCGGAUCCUGGAAUUAAGAGCUAUGAUGGAGAAGCUGGUGAAGUCCAUCAGCCAACUGAAAGACCAGCAGGAUGUCUUCUGCUUCCGAUACAAGACUCAGACCCCAGUGAGGACACCCUCUCUGGACCACCAUCAGGCCAGACAGCAGCAGCUUCUGCAGGAAACUAUCAAUGAACUGGACAAAAGGAGGAAGGAGGUGCUUGAUGCCGUCAAAGCCCUGCUGGGCCGGUUAACUACCCUAAUCGAGCUACUGCUGCCACAGUUGGAGGAGUGGAAAGUCCAGCAGCAAAAAGCCUGCAUUGGAGCCCCCCUGGACCGUGGGUUGGAACAGCUGGAGAAGUGGUUCACAAAUGGAGCAAAGCUGUUGUUUCAUUUGCGGCAGCAGCUGAAGGAGUUGAAGGGACUGAGUCGCAUGGUUAGCUAUCUUGACGACCCUCUGACCAAAGGGGUAGACUUGCGGGAAGCCCAGGUCACAGAGUUGCUACAGCGUCUGCUCCAAAGUGCCUUUGUGGUAGAAACCCAGCCCUGCAUGCCCCAAACUCCCCAUCGACCCCUCAUCGUCAAGACUGGGAACAAGUUCAGCGUCCGAACAAGGUUGCUGGUGAGACUCCAGGAAGGUAAUGAGUCACUAACAGUGGAAGUCUCCAUUGACAGGAAUCCCCCUCAAAUACAAGGCUUCCGGAAGUUUAACCUUCUGACUUCAAACCAGAAAACCUUGACCCCCGAGAAGGGGCAGAGGCAGGGCUUAAUUUGGGACUUCGGAUUCUUGACUCUGGUGGAGCAACGUUCAAGUGGUUCAGGAAAGGGCAGCAAUAAGGGGCCACUCAGUGUGACAGAAGAACUGCAUAUCAUCAGCUUCACAGUCAAAUACACCUACCAGGGUCUGAAGCAGGAGCUGAAAACGGACACCCUCCCUGUGGUGGUUAUUUCUAACAUGAACCAACUCUCGAUUGCCUGGGCCUCGGUUCUCUGGUUCAAUCUGCUCAGCAAAAACCCCCAGAACCAGCAGUUCUUCUCCAGCCCCCCCGCAGCCCCCUGGAGCUUGCUGGGCCCUGCUCUCAGUUGGCAGUUCUCUUCCUACAUUGGCCGAGGCCUCAAACCAGAGCAGCUGAGCAUGCUGAGGGACAAGUUGUUUGGGCAGAACUCUAAGACGGAGUGUGCAUUGUCCUGGUCUGACUUCACUAAGCGAGAAAGCCCCCCUGGCAAGCUACCGUUUUGGACAUGGCUGGACAAAAUUCUGGACCUGGUACAUGACCAUCUGAAGGAUCUCUGGAAUGAUGACCGCAUCAUGGGCUUUGUGAGCCGGAGCCAGGAGCGCCGGCUGCUGAAGAAGACCAUCUCUGGCACUUUCCUAUUGCGCUUCAGUGAAACGUCGGAAGGGGGCAUUACCUGCUCCUGGGUGGAGCACCGGGACGAUGAUAAGGUGCUGAUCUACUCUGUGCAGCCUUACACCAAGGAGGUGCUGCAGUCAGUCCCGCUAACCGAAAUCAUCCACCACUACCAGCUGCUCACUGAGGAGAACGUACCUGAGAACCCACUGCGCUUCCUCUACCCCCGAAUCCCCCGGGAUGAGGCUUUUGGGCGCUACUACCAGGAGAAAGUCAAUCUUCAGGAACGGAGGAAAUACCUGAAACAUAGGCUCAUCAUGGUUUCUAACAGACAGGUGGAUGAGCUGCAACAACCACUGGAGCCUAAGCUGGAGCCAGGACAGGAAUCAUUAGACCUGGGGCUGGCACUAGAGCCAGAUCUUGGGCUGAGCCUGGAGUUGGGGUCACUGAUGGACGCAGGACUGGAUCUGGGGCCAGCACUGGAGCCUGUGCUGGAGCCCACACUAGCCAUGGGACCACAAACAGUGCCAGAGCCAAAUCUGGAACCCGAGCUGGAGUCCAUUCUAGAGUCCAUAUCACAGCCGGUGCCAGAGCCAGAUUUGCCCCAGGAUCUAAAACACUUGAACAUUAAGGAAAUGGAAAUCUUCAGAAACUCUUCUAUGAAGAUUGAAGAAAUCAUGAUAAAUGGUGACCCACCGUUGCCUGGCCCGAGCACCAUGGAUGAAGUUUACAGCUUCUGUCCCAGCCAUUUCCACACGGAUGGACGCUGGAGUCCUUGUGACUUCUAGGAACUACAUUUCCUCUGUUCUUUUCCCUAUUUCUUGCCCCUCAUGCCACCCACAUUUCCAUGUUCCUCUCCAGUGAUGGGAAAUCUGGCAUGUGCCCCUUCUAAACUAGGAAAACCCUGGGAUUUUGGGUGAGAGAUGAAAGCGUGACAUGGAUGGAAGGGCACCAAC